AUGGGAGCUCUGUUCCUCUCUGUCCCGGGAAAUGAGCUGGAAAAUGAGGGGCGGGCCGCCACGCCUGCUUCUCAGGACCCACUGCACUCCUCUUUUGGCUCUCCGCCGUCUCCCACCCUCUCCAUCCUGUUUCCCCAGCAGAUGGACCGAGCGCUUCCUGUGUCUCUUUGGUGUGAGGAGUCAGAGGAGAAUCAGGGUGAACCUCAAGGCCAGAGCAGCACCGGGGGCUCACCUCAGCUCCGAGCCCGCUGGGACCCGUCCGUGUCGGGGCAUCGAGUGAUCCAGAGGCUGCUCCACCUGGAGGAGCGCUACAUGCCCUCCAUGCUCUACGUCACGCUCAUCCAGCGGGAUCCACAGCGCCGGGAGGAGAUCGCCAAGUGGGCCCUGGAGGUGUGCUGUGACUGUGGAUGUGACGAGGCCGUCUUCCCGCUGUCUGUCUCCCUGAUGGACAGGUACCUGUCUGCCUACCUGUCCCUGCCUGUCUCACCGUUCUGCCUGGCUGCAGGAUGCAUCCUGAUCGCCUCAAAGCUCACAGAGUGUGAAACCGUCACCGCUGACGCCCUCUGCUCAGCGGCCGAGUUCAGCUUCCAGCCUUCAGACCUGAGGGAGAUGGAGCGCGUCGUCCUCGCCGCCCUGCGCUGGGACGCGGCAGCAGUGACUCCUCAGGACUUCCUGCCACAUUUUCUCUCCUCCAUAGAGGAACGAGGAGAGUCUGAGCUGCUUUCCACGCUGAGGCGGCACAGCGACACCCUGGCUGCCCUCUGCGUCUGUGACUCCCGUUUUCUGGGAGCCCCUCCCUCACUUAUUGCUGCAGCUUCCCUGAACUGUGCACUGCGAGGUCUGGGCAGCAAGGAGUCGCCUCAGCUGGCCGCCAUGAGCGAGACGCUUGCCGAGCUGUGUCAGACGGAUCCGGCAGUGUUGCAGUGCUACAGUGAGAUGAUCGAGUUUGCCCUCAGGCAGCGGCUGCGGAGCGGACUGCAGCCCGGUCCCACUGAGAAGGACGAGGAGGUGGAGAACGAAAGGCCCGGGACGCCGACUGACAUGAGAGAGAUUGAUUUCUAAACAUUUAAUCAAGCAAACCCUUUAAAUCUAUCAGUGAAACUGAUAUAAAUCCAUUAUGAGCUUAACAUGUCCUAAUUUAACUUCCUAAUUUAUUUUGUCUUAUUUAUUUGUGAGCAAUGCACUAUGUGCCAUGUAUGUUAUGUUAUGUGCCAGAUAUGUAUGUUAAUUUUAUUGUAUGCAUUGGU